AUGUAUCUUAACUUCGGAAGCAAGUUAAAGUGUGCGCGUGUCCGUCGGUCAAUUGACAAUUUAAACCUCUCCUCUGCUUCUUUUCCACCAGAGGAGAGUAACUUUAGCGCUAAUUUAUCUUACAAUUUCAAUUACCUGGACUACGAUGAAGAAUCAGCAAUCUGCAACCCGGUGCUGUUCCUUUUGGAGCUGUUCCACCAAUAUUACAUCCCUUCAAUUAUCUUCCUGGGUCUUGUCGGGAAUUUGCUGUCCUGCGUUGUUUUUCUGAACACCCACUUGAAGAUGCGAAGCUCCAGCUACUAUUUAGCAGCAUUAGCCACCACAGACUUCAGUUUCUUAAUAACUUUAAUGGUAGUCUGGCUGAACUUCAAGAUAAACUGGAAAGUCUUCAACGAAGACGGCUGGUGCGAAAUUCUCGUCUACGUUAGCGCAGUUUGCAGUUCAUUAAGUGUCUGGCUAAUUGUUGCCUUCACUGUGGAGAGGUUCAUCGCUGUUCAGUACCCGCUGCACCGUCCGUACAUCUGCACAGUAGCAAGAGCCAAAAUGGUGAUUUUUAUCUUAACAGUCUUGGCGUUAGUCUGCCAUUCUUACGCUUUCAUCACUGCUGGGGUUACUAAAAGCCGCGAUGGUGUGGAAGAUGUUUGUGAUCUUAAGCCGGAGUACCUUGAGGUCAUGAGGGUCAUUAAUAUCACUGAUACAGUCGCUAGUUUGAUUCUUCCCCUGAUUUUAAUUGUGGUGAUGAAUACUAUGAUCAUGAGGAACUUCUUGAAGUUCAGCAGGAGGUUCAAGCAAACUACUAGUGUGCCUGGGACUUCUAAUCAGUGUGCC